UUUUAGCCCUUUUCUUUUCUCUAAAUUCCUCGAAAUAUUUAUGUUCUGUUCUAGCUUUGGAGAGACUGCAAUUUUCACCAUGUUUUCCACCAAAGAAAUGCCUUCUCCAUCAUCAUUGUUCUCGGCCUAUGCUUCCAUGACUGCUUCCAUCAUGCUGUUUCGAUCAAUGGCCAACGAUUUGAUACCUUACCCUCUCCGAAACUCUCUCUUUUCAAGCCUCAGCUACUUGUUUAAGCCACGUUCGCAAAUGCUCACUCUGGUCAUCGAAGAAUCAAAUGGUAUGGCCAGAAACCAAGUCUACGAUGCAUCAGAAACUUACUUGUGCACCAAAAUCAGUCCCAACACCGAGAGGCUCAAAAUAAGCAAAACCCCAAAAGAAAAGAACCUCACAAUAAGGCUAGAGAAAGGUGAGAAGAUCGUUGAUUCCUUUGAAGGCGUUGAGCUUAAAUGGAGAUUUGUAUGUGCUGAAGCAGAAAAACGUAAUAACCCAAACGAUCCCUUCCCUGUAAGAGCUGAGAAACGAUCGUUUGAGCUCAGUUUCCAUAAGAAGCACAAAGACUUGGUUUUGGGUUCUUAUGUGCCUUUUAUACUUGAAAGAGCAAAGGGAAUUCGAGAUGAACGAAGGGUUCUGAAGAUGUAUACUCUGAACACGCAAAAUUAUGGAGGAAUGAUGUGGGAUUCCAUUAAUCUUGAACAUCCUGCAACUUUUGAGACGUUGGCGAUGGACCCUGAGUUGAAUGCUGUCAUGGAGGAUUUAAACAGGUUUGUUAGGAGGAAAGAGUUUUACAAAAGGGUUGGGAAAGCCUGGAAACGGGGUUACUUGUUGUAUGGACCGCCCGGAACUGGGAAAUCAAGUUUGGUUGCUGCCAUGGCUAAUCAUCUAAAGUUCGAUGUGUACGAUCUUCAGCUCGCGAAUAUAAUCCGAGACUCCGACCUCAGAAGAUUGCUGCUUUCGACAGGGAAUCGAUCUAUACUAGUGAUCGAAGACAUUGAUUGCAGUGUCGAUCUACCGGAUAGGCGGUAUACUGUCGAUGGACGUAAACAACCCGAACAUCAUGUACAGUUGACACUAUCAGGGCUGCUCAACUUCAUUGAUGGACUAUGGUCUAGCUGCGGAGAUGAGAGAAUCAUCAUAUUCACAACUAACCACAAGGACAGGUUAGAUCCUGCUCUAUUGCGACCGGGCCGCAUGGACAUGCAUGUUCACAUGUCCUACUGCAACCCUCAAGGUUUCAAGCUUUUGGCCUCGAAUUACUUGGGAAUCCAUGGCCACCACCACCUUUUCGGUGAGAUUGAAGGCUUACUGAAGAACAUCGAGGUCACUCCUGCACAAGUUGCGGAAGAGCUUAUGAAAAGUGAAGAUGCUGACAUUGCGCUUGGUGGACUCGUCAAGCUCCUGAAGAGGAAGAAGCUUGAAGGCGAUGAACCGAUCGGUAAAGAUGCUCAAAUGUUAGGUGUCCGUGAUGUUAAGAGACAGAAAGUUGAGAUCAAGCGCAAGUCUCCUAGAAUCAGUAGAAUAAAGGUCAAUAGGAGAAGAACCAUAUGAUCAGUAGCUAUUAUAAUUUUCUUGAACCUGCUGCUUGCUUGACUUAAUAGUUCACUCUGGGAGUGUUCAGUGUUCUGAAUAGGGGUGAGAUUUCAAGGCUUUGAAUGAAAUGUCACGUUUUGCUUUAGUUUA